UCGUGGGGACACGGAGCUGGUGGGAUUGCACCAUGGCCUGGGCCCCUCUCCUCCUCGCGGUGCUCGCCCACAGCUCAGGUUCCCUGGUCCAGGCAGCGCUGACUCAGCCACCCUCCGUGUCAGUGAAUCCGGGACAAAACAUCCAGAUCACCUGCUCCGGGGGUAGCAGCUACUAUGGCUGGUACCAGCAGAAGGUUCCUGGCAGUGCCCCCGUCACUGUGAUCUACUGGAAUGACAAGAGACCCUCAGGCAUCCCUUCACGAUUCUCCGGAUCCUUGUCUGGCUCCACAGCCACGUUAACCAUCACUGGGGUCCAAGCCGAGGAUGAGGCUGUCUAUUACUGUGGUAGCUACGACAGCAGCUACAAUGGUUCCCUGGUCCAGGCAGCGCUGACUCAGCCACCCUCCGUGUCAGCGAACGUGGGACAAACCGUCCAGAUCACCUGCUCCGGGGUUAGCAGCAGCAGUUAUGUUGGCUGGUACCAGCAGAAGGUUCCUGGCAGCACCCCUGUCACUGUCAUCUACUACGACAACCAGAGACCCUCGGGCAUCCCUUCACGAUUCUCCGGAUCCAAGUCUGGCUCCACAGCCAUGUUAACCAUCACUGGGGUCCAAGCCGAGGACGAGGCUGUCUAUUACUGUGGUGGCUACGACGGCAGCAACAUGUGUGGUGUAUUCGGGGCCGGGACCCUGUUGACCGUCCUAGGCCAGCCCAAGGCCUCGCCCACCGUCCACCUCUUCCCGCCGUCCACCGACGAGCUCUCGACGCAGAGCAAAGCCACCCUGGUGUGUCUGCUGGGAGACUUCUACCCCGGCGCCGUGCAGGUGACCUGGACGGCCGAUGGCCGUACCCUCUCCAGCGGCAUCGAGACCAGCCAGCCCCAGCGGCAGACCAACAACCAGUACAUGGCCAGCAGCUACCUGACGCUGAGUGCCGCCGACUGGAAGAGCCACGAGACCUAUGCCUGCAAGGUCACGCACGAGGCCGGCAAUGUGGAGAAGAGCCUGAAGAGAUCCGAGUGCUCCUAACGCCGCCGGGACUUCCCCGUGCUAGGCGGCCCCUCGCCGGCCCCCUCCCUCUUCCCCGCUGCUGGGGGCAGCGGCUCUCCCCCCACCGCAGAUGUCUCUCCCCAUGUCCCCCCGUCCCCUGCUCCCGUACCCCUGACCUGAGUGUCACACGAAUAAACACCGACACUGAACUAGCGCUGGCUCAGCA